UGUAUGAUCCACCUGCUGGCUCAUGACCCAGACUUCACCAAGCCACAGGACUUUGAACAGCUCCGAGACCUCAAGGAGUGUCUGUGGUUCAUGCUGGAGGUGUUGAUGGUACAGAAUGAGAACAACAGCCAUGCCUUCCUGAGGAAAAUGGUGGAGAACAUCAAACAGACCAAGGACGCACAGUGUCCUGACGACCCUAAGGCCAACGAGGUACACACACACACAGUGUCCUGACGACCCUAAGGCCA